UAGCAGUAAAACAAUCCGCUGUCCCCUUAUCGGACGAACGCGACUUGCGCGGCGGCCUUGAAAGAAGCCGGCGUGGCCCGCCUGCAAGAGCGCUCUUGUCUAGUUUUCACGUUCAAGAAUCGCCAGCAAACAUAUUUUGUUUCGAGAGCCUCGAGGGGAAACUCGGGGCAGGAACGCCUCCAAAACUGCACAGCUCUCGGAUCCUAUAUGGCAGUGCCGAGGAUUCCCGAUGUCGAGUAACGAGAUAGGAGCACGCGCCUCGUGGACGUCGAUGAAAGGCGAGCAGCAGCAGCAGCAGUCCGAGGUGACCGUCGACUUCUACAAGAAGCUGGUGGCCGUGGGUGAUGGCGGUUGCGGCAAAACGUCCCUGCUCAGCGCGUACGUCACCGGGGUCUUUCCGGAGCACAUGCGCGCCACCGUGUUCGACACUGUGAUCACAGAGGUCACUGUCGGCAAAAAGAAGGUUCGUCUCAGCCUGUGCGACACGGCCGGCCAGGAGACGUACGAUGUUCUGCGCACGCGCAGUUACGCCGACACCGACGUGGUCGUCAUCCUGUUCUCCAUCGACGCCCCCGAGAGCCUGGACAACGUCGAGGCCCGCUGGAGUCCCGAGGUGAAGCACUUCAGCCCCAAAGUACCCGUACUGCUCGUCGGAAACAAGAAGGAUCUCAGGAACGACCCGGACACCAUCGAGGUCCUUCGCGAACGGAGGCAGAGCCCGGUCUCGUACCAGGAAGGACUGGCUGUCGCCAAGAAGAUCAAGGCCAAGGGUUACCUCGAGUGCUCCGCUAAGGAAGGCACCGGCGUCACCGAGGUGAUCCAGAAGGCCUGCCGUCUGGCCAUCGGGCCGAGGAAGUCCAACUUCUUCAUCAGGAUCUUCUGCAGCUCCUGCACCUGAGGUUGGAACCACCAUGCAGGAUACAAUUCGCACGUCCUGGGCUAGUCUAGCGUCACAAUUUCUUCUCUGCGAGCCAUCGACUACACAAUCGAUUGUGCCGCGAGUCUACAGAAAAAAUAAGAUGCACACGACUCUUGCGCAUGCGCAGCAGAUAGGCGGCCCAUCUGAAAAACCAUCGUACCGAAGAUCAACACAGCUAGUUGGGCAUUAUCGAUCGCGAUCAAGCCAGAUCGAGAUUGAGAGUGGCCCGUGUGACACCGGCAUAACACACGUGGACCAAUAGAAUUGAAGCAUUAUGAGCUAUGCAUGUCUCGUCCUAAAGGUAUGACGCAUUCCGCACUGACUGUAUUUUAAAACCAUCUGCGGACCAUGCACCUUAGUCCAAGAUAGUUUUUUUCUCUGAAGACCGUAUGUACUGAGGUUAAGAACUUAGGACCUGAGCACGAAUUGGCAAGGUAAUAUCGACCAUAUGUUUGAGAUUGUCGCAGCAACAAACAAUUUUCACAUGACAGCAGCAUUACGAAGCCUAGUACUUCACACAGUACGUGGGCCUCGUUCAUGUACGAACGAAGUAUGCGCAUGAAAUUUGCACACUGUCUUGAUUGACUUUGUUCCCUUUCCCCAUUUUUACUUGGCCGUUUGGUGCAAUAACGCUUUUACCGUUUUUAAGACAGGAACCUAUCGAAUGUAUAUAUCAAAUCACUUUACUUCAGUUGUGAAUAAUAAACCUUCUGUUUUGGCA